AUGGCGCUGCAAGCUGCGCGGAGUGCGCGGGCUGCGGCCUGCAUCUUGCGUGCGCUGUCGGCGGCCCGCACGCCCUGCCUGGCGCGAUGUUGGGGUCCCGGGUCGGCCGCCGUGCAGACGCUGCGCUCAGGCCGGGCUCUGCUCUUGGUGCGCAAGUUCACAGACAAACACGAAUGGGUAACGACAGAAAAUGGUGUUGAAACAGUGGGGAUCAGCAAUUUUGCACAGGAAGCUUUGGGAGAUGUUGUUUACUGUAGUCUUCCUGAAGUUGGGACAAAGCUGAACAAACAGGAUGAGUUUGGUGCUUUGGAAAGUGUGAAAGCUGCUAGUGAACUCUACUCUCCUUUAUCAGGAGAAGUCACAGAAAUUAAUGACGCGCUUACAGAGAAUCCCAGGCUUGUGAACAAAUCCUGUUAUGAAGAUGGUUGGCUGAUCAAGAUGACAGUGACUAAUCCUUCAGAACUUGAUGAACUAAUGAGUGAGGAGGCCUAUGAGAAAUACAUAAAAUCCAUCGAGGAGUGAAAAUGCGACCCUUGAAUAAACUACAAUGA